GCCUGUCUUUGCAGCAAGUUGUUGAUAAUACGCGGUAGCUACCGUUAGCAACUCCCAAACAAAGAUGGCGGACGCCAUCAAAGAGUGACGCAGUCAACAGAGGCGGGCUCGGCGUGGUUGUCGGUUGGACGUGACCAACAUUCUCCGACGAUUUGCAAUGAACAGGAUACGAAUACACGUUCUGCCGACCAGCCGGAACAGGGUAACACAGCAGGCGCCACGUCCUCAAGAAGCUCAGACCUGCGCUUUCACACAACGACCAUGCACCCAGCCUCGCCUGGAAGGACUGGAGUUUUGCAUCAAACACAUUCUAGAGGAUAAAAAUGCCCCGUACAAGCAGUGCAAUUAUGUUUCGGUCAAAAAUGGCAAACGCUGCCCAAACGCUGCACCAAAGGUUGAGAGGAAAGAUGGAGUGACAUUCUGUGUUGAGCAUGCCCGCAGGAAUGCAAUGGCUCUUCGUGCUCAGAUGAGAAAGGUAUCGUCUGGUCCAUCGCCAGAGAUGCUGUUGUCUCAGCUUAGUGGGUACAGUCGGGCAGAGACACGCUGCCUUGAUGGAGGUCGCUCUGAAGCAAGUCGUACUUUAGAGGAGGACAGUCUGAGUGAAGAAGAGCAGGGUCCCCUAGUGUUGGACCAGACGUGGAGAGGAGACCCCGAAAGUGAGGCAGACAGCAUUGACAGUGACCACGAGGAUCCUCUAAAACAUGCUGGAGUGUACACUGCAGAAGAGGUGGCACUCUUCACUCGAGAGAAACUCAUCAGGCUCCAGUCCCUCUACAUUGACCAGUUCAAACGCCUGCAGCAUCUGUUGAAGGAGAAGAAACGUAGAUAUAUACACAACCGCAAAAUAGAGCAUGAAACUAUUGGAGGCAGUCUUCUGACAGGACCUGAAGGUCUGUCCAUAAAGGAGAGGGAGAACCUGAAAAAGCUCAAAGCUCUUCGUCGAUAUCGCCGUCGUUAUGGAGUGGAAGCUCUGCUGCACCGGCAGCUGAGAGAGCGCAGACAGGCUGUUACAGAAGGAGUACCUCAGCUACAUGGAAGAACAGUGCAAGAGAAAUGCAUUUCUUUUGUGGAUGGAAGUCGCUGCACCAAUUCCUGCCUACCCAUGACCCACCACUGUGUCUCCCACAUAUUCCAGGACAGCAACCAGGUGCUGUUCAAAACCUGUCCAGGCAUGAAGGAUGUCCCAUGUGACCGCACAGUACACAUGGGUCAGUCUGAUGAACCCCGAUGCCCGCUUCACCUCGCCCUGCCUCCUCCCAUGUACCAACCAGAGCAGCAGCCUCCCCCGCAGGAGCAGCUGACCCCACCCAUCAGAGACAUGUACCUGAGUGCUGCUGAGCUCCAGCCCACAGAGAACCUGCCUUUGGAGUUCAGUGAUGACCUGGAUGUGGAAGGAGAUGGUAUGCACGGUCCUCCAUCGCCUCUGCAGUUUGACACAGCCCUGGCUUUGGAGGACCAAACUAUUCGAGCUAUAGCUGAGCACCCCAUGGACAUCCUGACGGCAGAUGACCCGGAUCAAGUUGACCUGGACAAUUCAGGACAGGAGCUUUCAGAAAGAGAUGUCCGCGACAUUGUGGACAAUCAGGUGGGGUCAGAGGUUGCAGGAGAGGAAGAAGAUGCUGUAGUCAAUGCGCCCAGAUGAAGAAAACUUUACCAAACGCCCCAUUUCCACAAAGACCACCUGAGCUGAGCUCUUUGACGAACUUGUCAAGUUUAAUGUGUUCAAUGACCGUUCUUUGUCACAUGGUUCUGUGCAUACGAUCUGACUUGCCUGCUUUCAUUAAACUACUGCACUCAAA